AGCUAUGGCUAUUCUGCACGGUGCUCCUACUGUCCAAAUCACCGACCUCAUACACAAUCACAUGAAAAGGAAAGAUUUACAGAUUACAAUACUAACUGGAUCCACCAUAGGAAGGGUAAGAAACGGAGAUGGCCAUUCAGAUCCCCAGACACAAAAGAAUUGGUGGAGUCCUAUGUCUUCAGCCACUCUCGUAUGGUCUCCUUGGGAUGAAAGGAACAAGACAUAGCCACAAAAUCUAGCCGCAACCAUAGAUUUACAUUCCGAACCCAAAAUAAGGUAUUUGAGCUAUUCCACUCAUAAUAUGAUAAAAACUUCUCAUAACUGUGUGUGGAUAUAAAAGAUAUCAUCUCUGGUUCGAUUUGGAUACUUUAAGAUGGAUUAUGGAUUCUCUUCUAAGGAUUUCUGUAAAUAGAGCUUGGGCUCUCUUUUCCUUUGGUGAUAACCGUACCAUAGAACUAGCUGCUGGUUCAAAUAGAUUGGGUGACUUUGUAAAGAUUCAAGAGAAAAGAAAUGAAGGGAAGAGAUACAUCUUAAUCCCUUCAGGACCUAAGAAUGCUGAUUUGGUUCUGUUCUUCAAGGCAGUGUCUUCAUUCAUUGAUAAGGUCACCAAGACUGAUACAACUAAACCUCUUGAGAUUGCUCCUGCCACUACUACAAUUGCUCAAACAUCAGUACAACCUCAGAAUUUACCAACUGCAACGACAGCUGAGCAUCUUUCACUGAUUCCUCCCCAAUUGGCUACUUUGGGAGUUGAAACACCAGGGUUACAAUUAGAACAAUUUCAAUAUGGAAGUGUAGAACAUAAAAGGGAGAUUGAGGUUGAUAAGCACAUCAAAGGUGAUAACCAAGAGACUUUAUUAUCAAGAAUGUGAGAGCCAGUUGGAUGCCACCCAGGGGGGAACUGUCCAAAUCCCUUCCCUCUUCUGCCUAGCACUACCAUGUCUCCUUUUGCUCCACCCUUCAUACCUGUGAUGAAAAAUACCUUUGCAGCACUUUUCUCUCAAGGACAUGGAAUUCAGAACAAAGUCAAUGAGCAUCUGGAUCCGUUUUCAAAGAUCCAUGAUAGGAGCCUAGUACAUAGUUUGAAUGCAGUGGAGGACUUCAUAGAGGAUAGGGAUGGACCUAUACUCUAUACCCACUCAGACGGGGAGGAUAGAGCAUUCAUAAACUCCAAGCUUAAGCCUCUGCAAGUUGACUUCUCAAGGUGUGUCAAACAAUACUUAAACCUACGCAAGGAACUUCGGGGCACAAGAACAAUUUCACCUUCACAAAUAGUUACGAGAAGCAAAGCAAAAAUUCUUGAAGAAGGUAGGAAAAUAACUCCACUUGUAUGGGAGGAGGAACAAUCCCAAGAUUCAUUCGAAGAGGAAGUCAUCAAAUGCUUUAGACUUUGCUGCCUGAACAAAAAAGAGGUGUGUCCCAA